UGUAAAUCGUCUCUUCUUGACCCGAGCGAACUCCUUGUUAAGAUGGCGGGCGUCGGGACAGUGAAGCAGGAGCCGCACCGGCCCGGCGCCUUUAAACAGCCCAACAAGCAGCACAAAACCGGCCGGCACCGCAGUAAGGGCAGCCUGGAGCGGAACAGCAGAGGCAGAGUGAGUGUGAAAGUUAUCAGCAAGAAGCUUAGAAAAAACCUGAGGAAACAUGAUCGCCGACACAAAGCAAAUCAGAUCCGACAGCAAAAGAGGGAAGCGGUGCUCACAGAGAAGAGAAUUCUGGGCAGUAAAGAGGGUCCCCCCCAUCUGGUAGGUGUCAUUGUGCUGCACAGUGGUACAAGCGCCCACCAUGUCCUGAGGCUGAUUCAGAGCGACGAGACCUCGAGUGUGUACAGCCACAAUGAAAGUGGUGAACGCUUCGGGUUAGUUUGCCCCAGGUUCAAACAGAGAUUCCACUUCAUCAAAGUAAAUGCAGGUGGUAUCCAUGCAGUUCUUGACCUCGCUAAAGUAGCGGACACACUGAUGUUUGUGUUGGAUCCAUAUGAAGGAUGGGACAGUUAUGGUGACUUUUGUCUCUCCUGUCUGUUUGCACAGGGCCUCCCUAGCCAUGUGUUUGUGGUUCAGGGAAUUAAUGACCUUCCUGUUAAGAAGCGAACAGAUGUCAAGAAGAACCUGAGCAAAAUGUUGGAGAAACGUUUUCUUGAUGCCAAACCUUUUCAUCUGGACACUGAGCAGGAGGUUGCACUGGUCAUCAGACACAUUGCCAUGCAGAAACAACGACACAUUGCCUUUCGUUAUCGCCGAUCCUACUUGCUGGCUCAGCAAGUGGCCUUCGAGGCUAGUGACAAAAGUGGACUGGUGGGAACGCUGAAGGUGUCUGGUUAUGUCCGGGGCCAGGCGCUGAAUGUGAAUCGGCUGGUUCACGUUGUAGGGCAUGGAGAUUUCCAAAUGGGCCAAAUUGAUGGUCCACCUGACCCCAUGCCCCUGAACCCCAAGCCUACAAAGAAAAAAGAGGACAUGGAGGACCCCUGUGCCGAGAUGGAAGAGGACCUGAAAGUUCUGAUGAAAGCAGAUUCCAGGAAGCAGGAAUCACUAGAGUCAGAAGUGGUUCCGGAUCCAAUGGAGGGGGAGCAGACCUGGCCAACGGAUGAGGAACUGCAAGAGGCUGAGGAUGCACUAAAGGGAAGCAGGAAGAUUGUUCGUAGGCUUCCAAAAGGUACGUCUGAUUACCAGGCCGCCUGGAUCCUGGACGAUGAAGAAGAGAUAGAUGAGGAGGAAGGAAGUGAUGAUGAUAUGGAAGAGGAUGAGCUGAUGGGAGAGGCGGUGUCACAGGCCAGUGAUGAAAGUGAUGGUGAGGAAGAGGCUGGUGAAGAAUGUGAAACCAUGACAGUUCCAGAAAACAUUCGCGAUGAUCAUUAUGAUGAAAAGAUUGAUGAGGAGGAGGAGAGGGUGAUGUUGGAAAAGUACAAACAGGAACGGAUGGAUGAAAUGUUCCCUGAUGAGGUGGACACUCCAAAAGAUGUAGCUGCUCGAAUCAGGUUUCAGAAGUACAGGGGUCUGAAGAGUUUCCGGACAUCACCCUGGGAUCCCAAGGAGAAUUUGCCACGGGAUUAUGCCAGAAUAUUCCAGUUUCAGAACUUUACCAGGACAAAGAAAAGAAUCUUCAAUGAGAUUGAAGAGGAGGAGGAAGGUGCAAUGCCUGGCUGGUACGUCACAGUCCACAUCUGUAACGUGCCUGUAUCCGUGAUGGAGAGUUUGAAACCUGAGAUCCCGCUGGUCCUCUUCACCCUGCUGCCACAUGAGCAGAAGAUGUCGGUGAUCCAUUUCCUGCUCAGGAGACACCUGACCAAUGCUGAGCCAAUCAAGUCCAAAGAGGAGAUGGUUUUCCAUUGUGGCUACAGGAGAUUCCGGGCCCCUCCUCUGUAUUCACAGCAUACAGCAGCCAACAAGUUCAAAUAUGAGCGGUUUCUGCGUUCCAACACCACUGUGGUGGGAACUGUUUACGGCCCAAUAACCUUCCCUCCAGCCUCGGUCUUGAUGUUCAAACAAAGAGCAAAUGGUAUGCAUGACCUGAUUGCAACGGGCUCUGUGCUAAAGGUCGACCCUGACCGAGUGGUCGUGAAGAGAAUUACCCUAAGUGGCCAUCCCUUCAAAAUCAUGACCAAAACCUCGGUGGUGCGGUACAUGUUCUUCAACCGAGAAGACGUGCUAUGGUUCAAACCAGUGGAACUACGAACCAAGUGGGGUCGAAGAGGUCACAUCAAGGAGCCUUUGGGGACUCACGGACACAUGAAAUGUUUGUUUGACGGCCAGCUCAAAUCCCAGGAUACUGUGCUGAUGAACUUGUACAAACGAGUUUUCCCAAAGUGGGAGUAUGAUCCCUAUGUUCCAAUUCCGGUGGCAUGGGAGAAACCUGAAUCCAAUGUCAACGUGCAGGAAAUCGAGAUGGACUAGAGUCUCUGAUGUGAUUUCAGAAUGAGUGCCUUUUAUUUAAAAAUACCAAUUUUCUGAUUCGGCAUCAGCUGGAUCACAAGCUCUGAUUUUUGUUUAAACUGUAUUGAGUUGGGAGACUUGGAUGUCCUGUUUGUUGGAUGUCUUGAGACUUGUUUAAAUUUGAAGAGGUCGUUGCAGUUCUGCUGCAUUAGCACAAGGUGUCAGUGCUGUGCUUUGUUAUAAAGACCAUCAUCGCCA